AUGAAUGGACUUCUCUCGGCUAAAGACUGCAGAAGCAGCAGCAGUAACGGUGAUAAUUUCUAUUCUGUAGAAGAUAAGGAAAAUGAUCACGAGUCAACUGAUUUCACUAUCACGCCGAUAACAGAAUCUAAUGAUCCUUUAGAGUGGUACGCGUCUCUCUUAUUGGAAGAGGCAAACCAACAUCGCACACUACGACGGGAACUGAAACAAAAACUUCGUCGCAUUCCUUUUCUUUCUUCUUCUUCUUCUUCAAAUGGAGAUUAUGCGAGAGAAGUACAGUUUGACCCAUCCAUUACUACUACUACUACUAUUACUACUUCGUCAUUGUCCUCAAAGGUGGAAGGAAGUUUCUUUUCUGAUGAGGAACCGCUUACACUGGAACUAAUUCUCCAAAUUGCAGCAGAGUGGUCAUCUGCUGAGGCUUCUAGGUUGGAUAUUAUACAUUAUAUUAACAGUUUACCUGCAUGGACAGAUGAUAUGUUUUCGUCCAUAGAGACAAUACACACAGAUAGACUUCGUAAGAUGAGUGAGACAGCUGUUCUAUUAGAAAUAUCAUUUAAACAAAUGAUACUCUCUUCUGAUCCUAGGAGUGGAAGAGUUUUGGAGAAGAAAGACGAAAAUUAUGAAAAAGAAUUUUAUGAUGAUUUCCCAGAUGAUGUGGCUAUUAAUCAUGAAAGUGAGUUAUGCGGAAAAGCAAAAUUUUAUUUAUCUGCAGUACCUGAACUUCUUGAUUUAUGUGAUGCCAUGGAUGAGUGUCUUGUGGAAUGUCAAUCUACACAGCGACAGGUACAACAUCAGAAAAAAACAGUUUCUGAGGCUGUGAAGGUGUUGGGACUAAAACGACGUUAUGAUAAUCUGACAACGCUUGUUCAUAUGCUUCAAAUGAUGGUAAAUAUAUAUGAAGGAACAGAGAGUAUAUAUUCACAUCUACAGAAUGGUCACUUUGUUAAGUCUAUACAACUCUUAGAUGUAUUGCAAAAUCAAUCAAAGAAAUGUUUGACGAAUGAUGAUGGAUCUGAAAGAAUUAAAUUGUUAUGUUUGAAAUCGACUAUUGGUGUAUUAGUUUUUAAAGAGCAUCAUUACCUUUCCAAUCACGGUGCAGAAGUGGUAAAAAUGUCAUUAAUACGUUAUUUCUCUAAAUUAUUAAAUUUACUACAAGAGAAUCAUAUGAUUUGGUCAAACGACAUGGUCUCUUUAGCGAUACGUUUAGUUUAUGGAAUAUACUCUUUAUGCUGUUGGGAAAUGAAUACAGUUUACUCAUCUCUUGACAGAAAUAAUAAUAAUAAUAAUAAUAAUAAUAAUAAUAAUAAUAAUAAUAAUAAUAAUAAUAAUAAUAAUAAUAAAGGAGAUACUUGGGAAAAGAGACCAGUUUAUCUUAUGGAGUCCUAUAUAGUAGAAGAGUUAUAUGAGGUAGUAAAACGUGCUCUUAAGGGGAAAGUUAAUGAUGAAUGUAAUGUGAGCCGAUGGGCUGAGCGUAUUUCUCCCUCAGAAGUGUAUCGUUCUACUCUUGAGUUACUUUCUCAUAUAAGUUCCUUUUUACGUGUAGUUUUGGUAUUUCAACGAUUUCUUGAGACACUCAUUUCCUUAUUUUCUGGGAAUGAGAAAAUAAUGAAUAAUAGUCUCCCAUUAGAAGAAAUAUUUGAAAAAAUAUUAGGUGAUGAAUUCACUACUAUCAAAAAUUUCAGUUUUGGAAAUCCAAAAGAAAAAACAGUUUCUAUUCUUUUAUCGGUUUCAAAAGCAUAUCAUGACUGCACUUCUAUUGGAGUAAAUGUUGUUAAGAAAGCAUUACAACUUGUUCAAUUAUAUCAAACACAUUUACCAUUAGAAUGUGUGACCAUAUUGGAGUUAUUAUUAACUUAUCGUCUGUUAUUUUAUUUUGUAAAGAUAUGUCGACCACUUUUACCAUUUGGUGAUACUCUCGCCGAUACUAUUGUAAACGAAAUGGAAACGCGUUUGGCAUUUCUCGUCAAACAAGAAUAUGCAAGUAAUCAAGUAGAUAAUUUAAUACAACUUUUACGAAAUGACUUGGGUGUUGCGAUGAGUACUGUUGCAGAGGACUUUCCACCACUUCAUGCACUUCUUCCCUGUGAAGACUCUGAUGCCUCUAUGGAUGAAGCCGCAAUGUCUCUCUCUGUACCGCCUGGUCGAUUCUCCUAUUCUGAAGUUGGAAGUUAUGAUUUGAGACUCCACUACACUGUGGGCGAGAUGGAGGAAAAUACGAUUCCACUUAGUCCUUUUCUUAGUGUAGAUAUAAUGGGACCUGAGGCAUUACCAUUAGAUGCAAAUCAAGGUCUUAAACUUUUUUCUCCAGAUAAUGUUGAUGGAGUUUUUACUUUGUCUACUCUCAUGUUGGCAAAAAUGAUGAUUGAAAAUACCAAACAUGCACAAGUACUUCGACGUAUAGCUUUAUCACUUGUACGUGUAAAUCUCACUCUUGUGGCCUUCUACGUAUGGUAUAUUAUAGUAUACUUUGUUUCUGGCGAUAAGGAAUGGUUAUUCCGAUCUCCUAAUGUGGAUGCAGAAGUAAAGGAAUUUGUAGGUCAAUUACGGAAUAACUAUUUACCACGAUCGAUCCCAUGGGAAAUGCUUGAGUCAAGUCCAUGUUUAGUAUGGAGGAGUAAAGCAAAUAGUCGACAAUACCUUUUUGCAGCAAUGGAACGAACAACAGGGUUAUGUAGUUUGAUUUCUGUUGGUUUAAUCUUUAAGGUUAUGCUUACUUCUUUAAACCCUUUGUUACCAGUUGAGCAACUUACCUCAUUGGCAUCUUUAAAAGAUUCUAUAGGACGCUUGUGUACAUUUGUUAAUCAACAUGGUUUACAUGUUAUUAGUAGUCAGCUCUUAUCACCGGAAUUACUUGCAACCGCAAUGGAGCAAUUUCAUUGGGAUGGUCCUAUGGAAAAAUUUCCCACAGGAGUUUCUCAAGUGCGGGGAAGAAGUAAUUUUUCAUUCCCUGUAAGAAAGACUUUAGAUGCACUUGUGCAAUGCUUGAGGGAGUUGCGAGAAGUGUAUCGCGAAAUUCCAAGUACAGGUCUACGAUGUCUUAUUAAUCAUCUCAUUUUAAACGUAGCUGUUGGUUUCGUUGAGGGACUCUCACGUAUACGCAGAAUUAACGCACACGGUGCACAUCAACUUCUCCAUGAUGCGGAGUAUAUUUCUCAUGAACUCUCUUGUAUUCAGCCAACAUUACCGCGCCGUGCCAUUGCGGCUUAUGUGCAGCGCUAUACAUCUGCUAUCACUAUUUCCCCUGACAGCAUUGCGGAGCUUGUGAGCACCACACAUCAUUUGUAUACCACCCGACAGCUGAUGGCACUGGCAACAAGAGAAACCGCAGGGAGACGCAGACAUGUGGAGGAACUCAUUCUGCGCAUUCAUACACGAGACGAGUUCCCGUUUUCUUUGAUUGAAGAGGUUCUCUAA